CCCGGCUACACUACACGUCUUCCUCGUGAUUGACUUGCGCGACAAUCCCCGCGAGGGUAAUAACGUCAUUUCGGUCACUCCCCGCGCAUAUGAGAUGGACCAACUUCUCAUCCGUUUGUUUUUGUGGAUUUUGAGAGAGAGAGAGAGUAGAAGAAAGCGAGGAGGAAUUUGAGUCGAGUUUUCUCGUUGAUUUGUGCCUUUGCUCCCGAUUCCUCCAAUGGAAAGAGGCGGCGGUAGCGGUGGAUACAGAGGAAGGGGAAUGGGAAGAGGGAGAGGCAGUGAUGGUGGUGGUGGUGGAAGGGGUGAUCAAGGCGGGUAUGGCAGAGGAAAUAGAGGGAGAGGUGGAGGAGGUGGAGGAGAGAGAGGAAGAGGCGGUCAUGGUGGCGGGCCACAGUUCCACCACCAUCAGCCACAACAGCAGCAACAGCAGCAACGACAGCCGAAUCAGAAUCGGAGUCAGCAAGCGAGGCCUAAUCCAUGGAAUAGUCCCGCUCCUGCCAGAAUAUGGGGCCCCAGAGCGCCUGCUCCGCCUCCAUCUCCGGCCGGACCGGCCCCGAACAUCUCUCCUGCUCCUGAUAAUCUUGUUCCGGCAAUGCAAUCAAUGGCAAUUUCAAGACAGGCACCUGCUUCAUCUUCUUUAGACAAGGCGGCCAAUCUUGUCCAAGUAAAACGGCCUGAUAAUGGGGGCACAAAAGCUAUCCGAACUGCUAGGCUUCGCGCUAAUCAUUUUAAUCUCUCGUUCAAUCCUGAAAGUAUUAUAAUGCACUAUGAUGUUGAUGUUAAACCGGAACACCCUGCUAAGAAUGGCCUUCCUGUGAAGAUAUCAAAGUCUGAACUUUCUGCAAUCAGGAACAAGUUAUUCUCUGAUGAUCCUUCGAAAUUUCCCUUGUUAAGUACCGCAUAUGAUGGUGAAAAGAACAUUUUCAGUGCAGUGCCGUUGCCCACUGGAUCAUUUAAGGUGGAGAUUCCUGAGGAAGAAGGCACACGGUUCAGUUCGUACAUUUUUACUAUAAAGCUUGCGAAGGAGCUCCAGCUUCGCAAGUUGAAGGAGUACCUAAGCGGUCAGCUGUUGGAUAUCCCUCGUAAUAUAUUGCAGAGUAUGGAUUUGGUUAUGAAAGAGAAUCCAGCUAGACGCAUGAUAGCUGUUGGGCGAAACUUUUACCCUACUGAAUUUGAUCCAAACGAUGACCUUGGAUAUGGUGUUGCUGCCUUCAGAGGUUUUCAGCAUAGCUUGAAGCUCACAUCCCAGGGUCCUACCUUGUGUCUCGAUUACUCAGUCUUGGCAUUUCAUAAGCGCAUGUCAGUUACAGAAUUUCUCCAAGAGCAGAUAAGGGGUUUUACAUUAAAUGAUUUCAAGAGGUUUAGGAGAGAGGUUGAGGAUGCAUUGAAGGGAUUGAAAGUUACUGUGACUCACCGGAAAACCAAGCAAACGUACGUCAUCAUGGGGCUGACUGAUAAGAAUGCAGGAGAAAUUACAUUUGAUGCUGUAGACAUAGAUGGCCAGAGUCCACCAAGGAAAGUUAGACUUCCUGAUUAUUUCAGGGACAAAUACAGAGAGAUACAGUACAAAAACAUUCCCUGCUUGGAUUUAGGGAAAAAUGGUAAAAGGAAUGAUACACCAAUGGAGUUCUGUGUCUUAGUUGAGGGGCAAAGGUAUCCAAAGGAGUAUUUGGGGAAAGAAGCAGCCGUCAUGCUGAAGAACAUCUCAUUGCCUUCACCAAGAGACAGACAGAACAUGAUAUCCAACAUGGUACGAUCAAAUGAUGGACCUUCCGGUGGUGGCAUCAUUCAAAAUUUUGGAUUUGAGGUCAACCAGAAUCUGACACCAGUGACAGGGCGUGUGAUUGUCCCACCUGAGUUGAAGUUGGGUGCUUCUGAUGGCAAGGUGAUUAAGGUGACUGUUGACAGAGAGAAAUGUCAAUGGAAUCUGGUUGGGAAGACUCUUGUGGAAGGAAAACCAAUCAAGUGCUGGGCCGUGCUUGACUUCAGCAGUUCUGAUCGUUUCAAACUGGACCCUAACCAGUUCAUCUCAAAGCUCAUCGCUCGGUGCAACAGACUGGGAAUCAGAAUGGGAGAACCUGUUUUGUAUGAAACCACUUCAAUGAGGCCAUUCUCUAGUGUUCAGAUGCUUCGUCCACUGCUUGAAAGCGUCUAUGAAAAGGCAAAAAAAGAAGGCAAUGGCUACUUGCAGUUACUUGUUUGUGUAAUGUCUAAAAGAGACCCUGGUUACAAGCAUCUGAAGUGGAUUGCUGAGACUCAAAUUGGUAUAGUGACGCAGUGCUGCUUGUCAAAUAUGGCCAACAAAGCAAAUGACCAGUACCUUGCAAAUCUUGCACUCAAGAUCAAUGCCAAGCUUGGAGGCAGUAAUGUAGAGCUAAAUGAUCGGCUCCCCCUUGUAGGGGGUGCAGGCCAUGUUAUGUUUGUGGGGGCUGAUGUCAAUCAUCCUGCCGCGCGAAACACAACAAGUCCAUCAAUUGCAGCAGUUGUUGCCACUGUAAACUGGCCUGCUGCGAAUCGUUAUGCUGCACGAGUUCGAUCCCAGUACCAUCGUGUGGAGAAGAUAAUGAAAUUUGGAGACAUGUGUCUGGAGCUUGUUGAAUCUUAUGAGCGAUUGAAUAAAGUCAAGCCAGAGAAAAUUAUUAUCUUCCGUGAUGGAGUCAGUGAGGGCCAGUUUGAUAUGGUUCUCAACGAAGAGUUGCUAGAUCUGAAGAUGGCUUUUGAAAGUAUAAAAUACCAUCCAACCAUCACACUUAUUGUUGCCCAGAAGCGGCACCAUACUCGUCUGUUUCUGGAGAAUCCAAGGGAUGGGGGUUCCGCAGGCAAUAUAUCACCGGGAACUGUUGUGGACACAACAAUCGUGCACCCGUUUGAGUUUGACUUCUAUCUUUGCAGUCAUUACGGAGCCCUUGGAACAAGCAAACCCACACACUACCAUGUUCUUUGGGACGAGCAUCGGUUUACCUCAGAUCAAUUACAGAAGCUUAUAUAUGACUUGUGCUUCACCUUUGCAAGAUGUACAAAACCUGUAUCAUUGAUCCCACCGGUGUACUAUGCCGACCUCGUGGCAUAUAGGGGGCGAUUAUACUACGAGAGUACGGAGGGACAGUCUCCAGCUUCAGUAUCCUCCUCCUCGUCCUCCUCCUCGACACAUUCACCGCUGUCAGCGGCUUCUCUUGAUGAAAGGUUCUGCAAACUGCACGCUGACUUGGAAAACAUAAUGUUUUUCGUGUGAAGGCCAAAGCAUGAUCCCGCAGUCUCUUUUUUGUACCUGCUGAAAAGGAGUUUGUGCGUGAAUCUAAUGGGUUUCUGUGUCGUAAUGUUAUGUUUAGCGUUUUCUCUACUUCAUACGUUCUGUGCUCACAUGUCGUUUCGAAUCAUUUUGUGGAUCUAAAACAGUGGUAAGUCCUUGUUAUGAAUGUGGGUCUCAUAUAUCAUUUUAAAGUUGUGAAUGUAAGAAUGUUGGAUGACAUGUAUAUUUGUGGGAAUGGAAAGUUAAUCUAUUUGUUAACGUCGUGCUUUGGUUA